AUGGAAGACAAAGUCAGGCCUUGGAAAGCCCCAAGAAUUGCCCAGAGUAAAGGAAGAGUGGACAAGAGGGUUCUGUUUGGGAUAAAGAUUGAUUCUUUGGGUGACACAACUUUGAUGCACAGUCAUCCUUGGUUGGAGAUGCUACCAUGUACUGGGAUUGCAUUAGUGUCAAUGUCUCAGCUUAAGAGCCUAAAUCCUCAGGGUGUUCUUUUUAGGGAAAGGGAAAGAGGGAAAUUGUCUAUAGUAGAAUUGAUGCCUCCCCAAGAUAUUCCAAUUGCAGGGACAAAAACUGGAGUCAAAUCACCCUUUUUCAUCAAAUACUCUCCUACACCAAACAUGAUGGUCAAGAAUAAGCACAGGCAAAUUCCAUGGUCAAAAUCAUGGAUUAAACCUGUGAUCAAUUUUCCAGGAAAGUGCCUCAACAGGGACAUGAUGCAUUUGGACAUGCGUGUCAUGCUCAGUUUUGGUUACUGUGUCCUAGUACUAUGGGGUGCUUGUGAGAACUUGUUCUCCUCAGUGGUUGACCUCUGA